UUCGUUGCUAAUGGUUGGUUUAUGGUUAAUAUUUCGGUCGGAAAAAUUUGUUUUUUAAAAAAAAAAAAGAAAAGAAAAAAUUUUAAAGUAAAGUGAAAUUAUUAAAUUUUAUUGUAGUUUUAAUUAAAUUUUACAAUAAAAUAUAUUUAAAAUUAAUUCAAUCAAUUGAAAACAAAAUAUUAAAAGAAAAAAAUGGAUAACGACAGUGGUAACUUUGACUUGCGAAAGGAAAUUAUUGCGGUUCCAAAAUAUGGAUUUAAAGUAAAAUUUAAUCAUGUUUAUCCGGAAAAACGUAAUCAAAAUUUACGACCAACAUUUAGACAAUCAUUACCCUUUAUUCCAUUGGCAUGCAGAUAUUUAGUUUAUUAUUGGAAAACUUCACGUGAAGGACGUCGUGCAGUUAUGGAUUAUUAUUAUUUUGAGAAUAGCAGACAAACAUAUGGUGUACCGAUUGGUGGCAUUGGUGCUGGUACAAUUGGACGUGGUUUUGCUGGUGAAUUUUUACGUUUCCAAAUGCGUCCCGGAAUGUACGAAUAUAAUGUUGUGCAUGCAAAUCAAUUUAUAAUAACAAUUAAAGAUGAAAAUGAUAAAACUAUUUUUCAAAGUUUAUUAUCAAGUUACAGAACCAAAAGGCAUCAUCAUUCAUCCUUUCUGAAUUGCAGUCGUCCAAAACAUCCACUCAAUUCAUGGGAAAGCAAUUUAAAUGCAGAAAAAUGUGAAUAUACUGGCCUAUAUCCAAGAGCAUGGUCAGAAAUUGAUUUAAGUGAAUUUGGUAUUAAAUUAAUUGGCCGACAAAUAUCACCAAUUAUACCACAUGAAUAUAAGGAAUCAUGUCUGCCAUGUACAGUAUUUGUAUGGUCAAUUGAAAACGUAUGUGAUUUAGAGCGUAAAGUAACAAUUACAUUUACUUUUAAAAAUGGUACUGGUAAUAAAAAACAAGAUGCAGAUGGUGGUGCUACAAUUGAAAAUUUUUUAACUGAAUCUCAAACUAAAGGCGUUAGCAUUAAACAAACAAUAUGUGGAAUGAAAUGUUCAUAUAAUUUAGGUUGUAAAAUAUCACCUGAAAUUAAUAUAACACGUUGUACAAAAUUUGAUCCAUCUAGUAAUGGUGAAAAACUAUGGAAUGAAUUAAAUGAGAAUGGAAUUAUUAAAGAAGAAAUUAUUGAUGAAAAUUUAAAAUCUAAAGAUAUUGGAGUUGCAUUAUCAGCUCAAGUAUUAGUAAAAUCAAAGAAAACCCAAGAUUUAGAAUUUUCAUUAGCGUGGGAUAUGCCAGUUAUUAAUUUUUCUAAGAAAUUAAAAGAACAUAAACGUUAUUAUACAAAAUAUUUUGGUGAUUCUGGUGACGCUGGACCAAAGUUAUGCGAUUACGCAUUAAAAAACUAUAGUUAUUGGGAAAAAUUAAUUGAUUCAUGGCAACGACCUAUACUUGAAGAUAGUAAUUUACCUGAUUGGUAUAAAAGUGCAAUAUUCAAUGAACUUUAUUAUGUAUCAGAUGGAGGAACUUUAUGGUUAACAUGUGAUUCUAGUUUCGAUAAGGAAUUAGCAUAUGACGACCCUAGAUUAGCUUAUGGCAGAUUUGCUUAUUUAGAAGGUCAUGAAUAUCGAAUGUAUAAUACAUAUGAUGUACAUUUUUAUGCUUCACACGCUUUGGCAAAUUUGUGGCCAAAUUUACAGGUAAGCAUGCAAUAUGAUGUCAUGGAUGCUAUAACAGCUGAAAUAAAUGAUCCACGUAAAAAUUUAUUUGAUGGGAAAAUGACUCCAAGAAAAACGAAGUCAUGUGUUCCUCAUGAUCUAGGUGAUCCCGAUGAAGAACCAUUUGUACUAAUUAACUGUUAUAAUAUUCAUGAUGUUGGUGAAUGGAAGGAUUUAAAUUCCAAAUUUAUACUUCAAACUUAUCGAGACUACUAUGUUUUGAAUGAAUUAGCACAGGCACAGGCUGACAACGCCAGCAAGUUCAGUUCCAUUGAGUUUAUUGAUAAAGAUAGUCUAUUUGAAAUGUAUUUGCAAGACAAUCGAACAAAACAUGCAAACGGCUUUACAGAUGAGAAAAAAAAUAGAAAAUCUGCUUCUAUAUACAUAAAUGACACUAAUGGUAAAGUUUAUUUAAUGGAUGCUUUAACUUAUCUGAAAGCAAUGUAUCCAGCAUGUAAAAUAGUUAUUGAAAAAACAAUCGAAUGGGAUAAAGAUAAUGAUGGUCUUAUUGAAAAUUCUAAAACUCCUGAUCAAACGUACGAUAGUUGGACAAUGGAAGGACCGAGUUCAUAUUGUGCUGGACUAUGGUUAGCAGCACUACAAUGUAUAUCAGCUAUGGCAACAAUACUCGAUCAACCAAAUGAUUGUAUUAAAUAUCAAGAAAUCUUAGAGAAAGGAAAACGAUCAUAUGAAGAAAAAUUAUGGAAUGGAAGUUAUUACAAAUUUGAUUCGUCCAAUAAUAAAGACACCAUAAUGGCAGACCAAUUAUGUGGUCAUUGGUAUUUGAAAAUUUGUGGGUUUGAUUAUGAAAUAUUUCCAAAAGAAAAUGUAAGGACGGCACUGAAAACAAUUUAUAAUAAUAAUGUUAAAGGUUUUUGUAAUGGUAAUUUGGGAGCAGUUAACGGUUUCAAACCAAACACAACCGAUCCCGAAAAACCAGGUCAUGUUGAUACCUUCACACUUCAAAGUGAGGAAGUCUGGACCGGGGUAACAUAUGCUUUAGCUGCGAUUAUGAUACAAGAAGGAAUGUUUGAAGAAGCUUUUGCUACAGCUGGCGGUCUAUUUAAAACAAUGACAGAACGUUUUGGUAUGAUUUACGAAACACCUGAAGCUUUAUACGCAGAAAAACAUUUUCGUUCAAUUGCCUAUAUGAGACCUUUAAGUAUAUGGUCAAUGCAAGUUGCAUAUGAACGCAAAAGAGCAAUUCGAGAUUAAAUAUAGGACAUAUUCAUUUUAUAAUAGGCAUUAAAUAUUAUAAUGGAUUAUAUAUGCAUUAAGCCUAUUGUACAUUAUGUUUCAAUGCACAGAAAAUCUUCAAUGUGAAUUUGAAAAUUAUAAAAAUUUUGCUGUGAACUAAAACCAAAUAUAAUUUGAAACUUUGUAAAAUGUAAAUGAGAAAACCGUGUAGUGAACAAUGUAUAGAUGUCAAUUUCAAAAAUACUAUAUAUGUAUGUAUCUGCUCCAAAAUAUUAAAAACACAAUGGCUAUUUAUUUAUUAGUUAAUAAAAUAAGUAUUAUGUCACAAAUUUUCAUAAACAUAUACAAAUGCAUACAAUAAUAGCUUUAAUACUAUAUAGAUUUGUUUUGCUAAAUGAAAUUGUGAUUUACAUAUUGAAAUUUCCAUUUGAAUUCAACUGGAGCUAUUAAAAUAUGUAUUAAAAGUAAUUUUAGAAAAAUUUAAAAAAAAUGUCCUAAAAAUUUUUUAUUUACAGUGAAUAUAAGAAUAUAUUUAUAACAAUAAGGAGAAAAACUCUUUAGAUCUUGCUUAAAAAACUUAAUGUAAUACUAUAUUAAAAUUAUAUCUUAUAUAAAAAUUUUAAAAAUUUUUUAAGCAAAAAUCUUUUAUAUUUUUAGAAUCUUUAAAAAUAAUGUUAAAUUUUUUAUCCUCUUGAUUCCCGUUAACAUAGUGUAACCCCGCAGAAAACUAUGUUUUACCGUUAUAAGUAAAAUUAUUUUAUUGUUGAAAUUGCAAAUGUACUACAAAUUUUAUCAAAGUAUUAUUAAAAAAAAACAAAAUAUUUUUUGAUGUUAUAUGUAUGUGGUUGAAAAAACAUAUUUUCAAAGAAAAUUUAAGAAUGUUAUACGAAUAAAAUACUUGUUAGAUAAAUAAGAGAUAUUAAAUACAGUUCGCAUUUAAUAAAACUAUUUUAAUAUACAUAUAUUAUAAAAAGUUUAUCACAAU